AUGACAGCGUUAAAUAUGUCUGGGAAUGCUCAUAUGGCACGGUGUGUUCGCUCAACUGUGAUGAGAACUCAUAAAACAACCGAUCCUGUUCAACAUGAGGUCACAAUGAUUCCCAGACAAGGAACCUUUCCUCAGAGUUCAACACCUGCUGUUUCGGUGAUCGCCAACAAAGCUGUAACCACUCCAGCAAUUCACAGAGUCAGGGCGCAAUCUACAAGUGAUUACUAUGUACAACAUAGCGGAGCCCCCAUGCAACCUAAACCUGUUCACGGGCGUAAGAACAUGCGAUUCUUCCUGAUUCUGAUGGCACUGUUCGUCGUUCAUCUGGUGAUCGUUUUUCUUCUCGGCAUCUGUCUCGGAAUGCUGAUCGCUUCGGUACAUCAGGGCAGAGGAUUUUGUGGGUGUCGUCGACGAGCUGGGAAGAGAAAAGACCGUGUCGAUUCGAUCAGUUCGCACCGAAAUGACCACGUGAAUGAUCCGUUCCACAUGGAUGUCGAGCCAAAGAAGAAACGCGUAUUCACAGCCGUCGAAAUGGAGCCACCGUUCAAAACGGUGGAAAAAUGGACACAAUCAUGCGACGACGAUCCUCCGCCCAAACAACAGCCGGUGCCACCACCGCUGCCACCACCACCCCCUCCAGCGGCGCCUCCUGCUCAGGUCAAAAAAGUGUCCAGCCCUUCGCAACCGCCUACGAAAUCAGAUUUUGACCUAUGGGACACUCCCCUCGUUCCCACUCAACGUCUCAGCCCGAAACCAUCGCCGAAUCCAGCACCAGUACCGAAUCCUCCACCCAAAACCGAGAACAGACGGCAAAUUAGAUCGGUUUUCGUCGAUGAGGGUGUGAUGCACGGGUAUGGGGGCAAACCGAUGGAGCAACGAUCAAGACCGAAAGGGAACUUCUCCUAUAAUCUCGCCUGA